ACCACACCUUUGCGUCCGUCCGCAGUCUCACAGAAGGGAGGAGGAGCAGCUUCUGAGACCGAUGCUCGGCAUAUCGGCGCCUACCGAGUUACUUCGACAUCUGUUCCCAUUGUUUUUCCAUUGUUGUCUUGUUCCACACGCGGGCUAGGCCAGUUGGUCAACAGGCCGUAUGACGCUUCAGAGGGCUAUCAGCGCUUACCCUUCCAUGAACAUGUCAUCUCAGGUCCAAACCCAACCCCGACGGCAUCUCCAGCCCCGCUCGCCUUCCUAUUCACCGUUGCAUUCACCCUGUCACGUCCAGCCAGCUCCAAUCUACGCUGUGCUACAGCCAGGAUCGUCCGACGAUUCGCCCAGACACUUUCGCGAGCUGAUCCAUGCUCGUUUUUCCGAGGCUCUUGCCACCCUUCCGCCCCGCCAGGAGCCUGAUAGGGGUCUAGUCACGGACAUUGGCGACACUAUCAUUCACCUUCAGACAAUGGUUGCCCGUAUUGCAGAGGAUCUCAUUGACGACAACCGCAUCAAGCAGAGGGUAAACGGUCUGCUGUCCCAGGACAGUGCAGCCCAUCUAUCAGAUUUGACCACUUUUGAAAACGCCCAUAAAUCCCACAAGGCACUAAAGGAUAUGCGGGCCUCGCUCCUGGAGAACUUGCAAGAGGUGACGCAUAUAUGGAACCAAGCGCCUGGAAAGCAACCGCCUCCACCUCCACGUCCACCUCCAGCUCCAGCUCCAGCUGCAGUUCCAGCUCCAGUUCCAGCUCCAGUUCCACCUGCAGCGCCUGCUCCUGCGCCUGCUCCUGCGCCUGGCUCGACGUUUUCUGAGCAUCCUACGAGUCCGAGUUCAGUCUUGUCUGGGUCGAGUCGCACUGCUCUGUCGACCGGGGACGUAGGUGGUUCCCAUCAAAGGGCGUACUCGGACACUUCUGCCGUAGUUAAACAAUCGCCCGAGACGAGUGCCGUUCGAUUUCCCGUCAGCCCGUCGAUGAACUCCAAGCCGGGAGCUUCCCUACCUCCGGACCCGAUGGACCUCGACGACAUCGACCUCGCACAACUUCGAAAUAGGGGCAAGGGGGUUUAUAGAUGUUCAUACGGCAAAAGUUGUACCAAGGGUGGGGUCGAUAGACAUGGAAACAUUGUCAUUUUCGAGCGCAAUUGCAUGUUCCGGCAACACAUGGACAAACAUAAAAAGCCUUUCAAAUGUCCUAUUCCCGGUUGCCAGAACAAGGAUGGAUUCGCCAGAAAAGACCAGCUUGAGCGGCAUAUAAAGAACGUCAGACAUGAGAACAUACCAUGAGCGUUCCGCGGUGCCGACGAAUACAACUUUUGUUGACAGCAAUACUCAGCAAAGCCCCCCUAGUAGACGGGGUAGAGGGUGCGGGCGGCCCUCCAAGAAGAAGAAAAAGGAAGGAAAGACAAGAAGGAAAAAAACGUGCCGCACAUCACCCUCUGAGAAGACUAGGCAUCCGCCUCUGUGUGCGAUAAGGGUGACAGGGCCAACAUGUGACAGGGCCAACAGGCGACACUAGCGCCAAUACAAGCCCGCCAUCCUGCGAACCCCCUCUU